GUGUCUGGCGUUGUAGUGGAAAGUGAACUUUGCUGCGGAGAUCUUCUUCUUCUUUCUUCUUUUUUUUUGUGGGGGGGUGGGGUAGGGAAUGAAAGCCGAGCUGCCUUUAUUUUGGAGGCCCUCCUUGCACUGACUUAACCCCUGCCACCCGCGCGCCCAGCGCUUGGCCCUCGGAGGACCGCGCGCGCGGACGGGAUCCCCGGGCGCUUGUGGCGCGGGCCGAGGAGCGAUCCUUCUUUCCUUCCAAGUGCAUAAGCGACACGCACACGCAGCCCAAGCCCAGGCUUCCCGGGCGGCUCUGCCCCCCACCCCACCCCCACCCCGCAGCCUCGGCCCCCGCGGCGCGCCCGGACGGACCGCUAUGGAGGUGCUGGAGAGCGGGGAGCAGAGCGUCCUGCAGUGGGACCGCAAGCUGAGCGAGCUGUCAGAGCCCGGGGACUCCGAGGCUCUCGCUUAUCCCACGCACUUCUCAGAACUUCUGGAUGAGUUUUCCCAGAACGUCUUGGGCCAGCUCCUGAACGACCCUUUUCUCUCCGAGAAGAGUGUGUCCAUGGAGGUGGAGCCAUCCCCCACAUCCCCGGCGCCUCUCAUCCAGGCUGAGCACAGCUAUUCCCUGUGUGAGGAGCCCCGGUCACAGUCACCGUUUGUUCAUGCUGCCACCAGCGACAGCUUCAAUGAUGAUGAAGUGGAGAGUGAGAAGUGGUACCUGUCUGCAGACUUUCCUUCAACAACCAUCAAGACGGAGCCAAUCACGGACGAGCCAGCCCCUGGCCUUGUUCCCUCGGUCACCCUGACCAUUACGGCCAUCUCCACGCCCUUCGAAAAGGAGGAACCCCCUCUGGAAAUGAAUACUGGGGUUGAUUCUUCCUGCCAGACCAUUAUCCCAAAGAUCAAGCUGGAGCCUCAUGAAGUGGAUCAGUUCCUCAACUUCUCUUCUAAAGAAGCGGCCGCGGACCACCUGCACCUCCCGCCCACCCCGCCCAGCAGUCACAGCAGCGACUCGGAGGGCAGCCUGAGCCCCAACCCGCGCCUGCACCCCUUCGGCCUGCCGUCCACCCACAGCCCGCCCCGGGGGCUGGCACGCGCCCCCUCCGCCCUGUCCGCGUCGCCGCUGCUCACCGCGCCCCACAAACUGCAGGGCUCCGGCCCCCUGGUUCUGACAGAGGAGGAGAAGAGGACCCUGGUCGCCGAGGGCUAUCCCAUCCCCACCAAACUGCCCCUCACCAAGUCCGAGGAGAAGGCCCUGAAGAAGAUCCGGCGGAAGAUCAAGAAUAAGAUCUCUGCCCAGGAAAGUAGAAGAAAGAAGAAAGAAUACAUGGACAGCUUGGAGAAAAAGGUGGAGUCUUGUUCGACCGAGAACUCGGAGCUCCGGAAGAAGGUUGAGGCUCUGGAGAGCACCAAUAGAACUCUCCUGCAGCAACUGCAGAAGCUCCAGACAUUGGUGAUGGGCAAGGUUUCUCGCACCUGCAAGCUGGCUGGCACGCAGACGGGUUCGUGCCUCAUGGUGGUUGUGCUGUGCUUUGCUGUUGCAUUUGGCAGCUUCUUCCAGGGCUACGGGCCCUAUCCUUCUGCCACCAAGAUGGCCCUGCCCAGCCGGCACUCGGCGCAGGAGCCUUACACAGCCUCCGUCGUGAGAUCCAGGAACUUGCUCAUCUACGAGGAACAUUCUCCCCUGGAGGAGCCGUCCAGCCCGGAGCUGGGCCGCUGGGAUGGAGGCUCAUCCCUGCGCAGGGCCUCCGGGCUGGAAGCCCUGCCGGAAGUGGAGCUGCCCCAUUUCCUACUCGCCAACGAGAGCAGUCUGGAGAAAUCCGUGCUGCUGGAGUUGCAGCAACACCUGGCUGGCACCAAACUGGAGGGGAAUGAAACCCUCAAAGUCGUGGAACUCGACCGAAGAGUGAACACCACUUUCUGAGAGGUGCUCCCCAGCCGCCCUCCCGCUCCUCCACCUAGCUUGGACUUCCCCCAAACAUCUUCCCCAUGAGUUUCGCCUUUCUGCCUCUAAUCCGGAUGAAGACACAGAUGAGGCCACCGCCUGCUGUUGACUUGGCAGGGGCAGUGAGCACCCUCACCGGCCGUCCUGGUCCUCCCGGCGCAAGGAGACUGGUCCUCCCCAUGCAAGGAUUCUGGUACUUACCGCACAAGAAUGCUGGUCCACCCCUUGCAAGGAUGCUGGUCCUCACUUUCUCUUUGAGGACAUUCUUGGAAGGGGAAGGGCAGGAGUGGGCCCAGAGCCUUUUUUCCCCACUUAGAAAGUGCCAAGGAGAUUCUGCCUGAUUCUCACCAGUGGCGCGACCCACUGUUUGGAGAAGAAUUAGCUCUCGUUCACAUCAGAAUUGGGCAGUGAACAUGCCCAGAUGCCUGCGGGGAUGUGGCCCAGCACUGGCUGCCCAGUGUCUGCUCCCUGGGUCGCGCGCGUGUCCACCCCAUCCACUCUGGAAGUGCCUGCGACUCCGAGGAGCACCCCCCCCCCCCGCCCCCGCUGUGCCCCGGGGGAUGCCCG